AUCACGCUGAUCCACGGCGUCGUCGGGAGCUACGGCGUCGCCAUCGUGCUCUUCACGCUGCUCCUCAAGGCCGUGACCUUCCCCCUCAACUACCAGCAGAUCGAGUCGACGACGAAGAUGCAAGCUUUGCAGCCGGCGAUCAAGCGCAUCCAGGCCAAGUACGCGGCGGACCCGCAGCAGAUGAACAUCAUGAUGGCCGAGCUCUACCAGGAGAACGAGCUCAACCCGCUGGCCGGGUGCCUGCCCGCCUUGGUGCAGAUUCCCAUCUUCAUCGCGCUCUACCGGUCGCUCCUGUCCCUGGCCAAGGAGGACCUCCUCGAGGAGUCCUUCCUCUGGAUCCCGAACCUCGAGGGCCCCGUCUACGGCGCCCAGAACGCGGACUGGCUCUUCAAGUUCGACCACGCGUCGACGACGCUCCUCCAGCCGCCGGCGGACCCGAACAACGAGGCGGCGCAGACGUCGAACCAGGUGCUCAAGUACCUGCCGCUCAUGGUCGGCUUCUUCAGCCUCAACGUGCCCGCGGGCCUGACCAUCUACUGGUUCUGCAACAACAUCAUCACGACGGCGUCGACGCUCUACAUCCGCCAG